GUUCCCGCCAGGCUAGGCAGUGGAGCGCCGCACAGCGCGCCUUCCCGCCUCUCAGCUGCUGCCCCAGCAGUUCCGACCCAGCGCCAGCAGGCCUGCUCGGUCGAUCUUCGAGCCGAAGAUGCGGCGGGGCUGGAAGAUGGCUCUGUCCGGGGGGCUACGGUGCUGCCGCCGUGUACUUUCCUGGGUGCCUGUGCUUGUUAUCGUCCUCGUCGUGCUCUGGUCCUACUAUGCCUACGUCUUUGAACUCUGCUUGGUGACUGUUUUGAGCCCAGCAGAAAAAGUUAUCUACCUCAUAUUCUACCAUGCCAUCUUUGUGUUCUUUACCUGGACCUACUGGAAGUCUAUUUUUACACUCCCACAACAGCCAAACCAGAAGUUCCACCUGUCCUAUACCGACAAGGAGCGCUAUGAAAAUGAAGAGAGACCUGAGGUCCAGAAGCAGAUGCUUUUUGAUAUGGCCAAGAAGCUACCAGUUUACACAAGAACCGGGAGUGGAGCCGUAAGGUUCUGUGACCGGUGCCAUUUGAUCAAGCCAGAUCGCUGCCACCACUGCUCUGUCUGUGCCAUGUGUGUAUUAAAAAUGGAUCAUCAUUGCCCUUGGGUUAAUAACUGCAUUGGAUUUUCCAACUAUAAAUUCUUCCUUCAGUUCUUAGCUUAUUCUGUUCUCUAUUGCCUGUACAUUGCUACAACGGUCUUCAGCUAUUUCAUCAAAUACUGGAGAGGGGAAUUGCCCAGUGUUCGCUCUAAGUUCCAUGUCCUUUUUCUCCUCUUUGUGGCCUGCAUGUUUUUUGUCAGCCUUGUGAUUCUCUUUGGUUACCAUUGUUGGCUUGUCAGCAGAAACAAAACCACCUUAGAGGCCUUCUGUACUCCAGUGUUUACAAGUGGCCCAGAGAAAAAUGGGUUCAACCUUGGCUUCAUCAAAAAUAUCCAGCAGGUGUUUGGAGAUAACAAGAAGUUCUGGUUAAUACCUAUUGGGUCCAGAUUAUCCAGAAGGAUCAUCAUCUCUUGCUGUGGAAACGGAAACAUAGCAGUUUUCACAUUUCCUGCAUCUCUCAAACAGGACCCUCUAUCUCCAAUGAAGCUUACAGAGUUCAAUGUUGGGAACCAUUCUAAUCUUCAAAAUAAGUCACCAUGGCAGAUUGGAAGCUUCACAAUUUGAAAGCAUCCCAUCAAAUACUUGCUGUGCAGAUAGAUGUUUCAGGACUUUACAGGUUAUUUAAUUUACUAGCUGAACUCAUCAAUCUGGUAGCAAUUAAUUCAAGCCAGUCUUCCUCUGCUUCUUUCUUCAUUUCCCCUCUCCCCAUCUGUGAAAGCCUAAAUGUAACAUAUUUAUCUUUCCAGAGGCUCUUUUCAUUCCUCCUGUCAGGUAAAGGGGAACUCAAAAGACUUCCUUGGAGUCUUUAACUCCCCUAGAAAGACUGUUAAUCAUAUCUAUAGAGUCUUUGUUUUAUUGAGGGGAAUCAGACUAGCUUGCUGCUUGUACACAUGUGCAUUUAUAAGCAUGCAUAUGUGCAGCAUAUUUACACAAAAUUCUUCUGUGGUGUUGUGAAAAU